AUAUUAUAAGACUCAGCAAUGGCCACUGGAGACAGACUACACAGAAAUGGAGGUUUUGAGCUGGCCAAGAUUAGGGGUGAUAUUGUUGAUGAUUCUUAUGUUUACGUGGGAAGGAGAGAGUAAAUUGGCACAAAAUUUCUACGGCAAAACGUGUCCCAACGUUGAGUCGAUAGUGAAGCAAGCUGUGUCCACAAAGUUCAGCCAGACUUUCAUCACCAUUCCGGCAACUCUGCGUCUCUUCUUCCAUGACUGCUUCGUUGAGGGAUGUGAUGCCUCAAUAUUAAUUCGAUCGCCAAACAAUGAUGCAGAGAAGGAUGCUCCAGAUAAUCUUUCUCUUGCUGGAGAUGGGUUUGACACUGUUAUAAAGGCAAAGCAAGCUGUGGAAGCAGUAUGCCCAGGCAUUGUCUCCUGUGCAGACAUUUUGGCAAUGGCAGCUAGAGAUGUUGUAGCCUUGGCUGGAGGGCCUUCAUUCAAUGUCGAAUUGGGGCGACGUGAUGGCCUUAUAUCUCUGGCCUCCAGGGUGCCCGGAAAUUUGCCACAACCCACAUUUAAUCUUGCACAACUAAACACUAUGUUUGCAAGACACAACCUUAGCCAAAUUGAUAUGAUUGCACUCUCAGGGGCACACACAGUAGGCUUCUCUCAUUGCAGCCGCUUCGCGAACCGCCUCUAUUCAUUCUCUGCAUCCACUCCUGUCGACCCUUCUCUGGAUCCGAAUUACGCCCAGCAGUUGAUGGCAGCCUGUCCUCGGAACGUUGACCCCACCAUUGCCAUCAGCAUGGAUCCUGUAACCCCGCAAACUUUUGACAAUCAGUAUUACAAGAAUCUAGUGGCAGGGGAGGGCUUGUUUACUUCGGAUGAGGUGCUAUUCACAGAUCACAAUUCUCAGCCUACUGUAAAUGAUUUCGCUAAAAGCCCUGGUGACUUCAAUGCAGCCUUUGUCAAUGCAAUGGUAAAGCUGGGAAGGGUAAGGGUUAAAACAGGCAAACAUGGAGAGAUAAGGAGAGACUGCACAACAUUUAAUUGAUCAAGUUUGGACCGGACAUACAAGGGUAGCUAUCCAAGCUGUUCUGGAAUUAACAAGUGUUUGAUUUCUAUGACCGUUAUGAGGUUAUUUUAAACUAGAUUUUUCAUGUUUUCGAUUAAUUUUCUAAAGCUGCUUCAAAUCGGGCCUCCGAGUUGAUAUAAUAAGGGAGGUAAGAACCUUGUAUCCUAAUUCUUUCAAACAAACGAUUAAUCUAGCUAGCAAAAGAGUAAUGCUAUGCGCAUAUCUAUU